AUGCGUGCAUUAGCUUAUUUCGGAAAACAAGACAUCAGAUACACAAAGGAUUUGGAGGAACCUGUCAUCGAAACAGAUGAUGGAAUUGAAAUCGAAGUCUCAUGGUGUGGUAUCUGCGGUAGUGAUUUACACGAAUACCUAGAUGGUCCUAUUUUCUUUCCAGAAGAUGGCAAGGUCCACGAUGUUAGUGGUCUUGGAUUGCCUCAAGCUAUGGGUCAUGAGAUGUCCGGUAUCGUAUCAAAAGUUGGACCAAAAGUAACCAACAUCAAGGCUGGUGAUCAUGUUGUUGUAGAAGCCACCGGUACAUGUCUUGAUCAUUACACUUGGCCUAACGCUGCACAUGCUAAGGAUGCUGAAUGUGCUGCUUGUCAAAGAGGGUUCUACAACUGUUGUGCCCAUUUGGGUUUCAUGGGUCUAGGAGUUCACAGUGGUGGUUUUGCUGAAAAAGUCGUUGUUAGUGAAAAGCACGUUGUUAAGAUUCCAAACACUUUACCAUUGGACGUUGCAGCCUUAGUCGAACCAAUCUCCGUCUCAUGGCAUGCUGUUAGAAUCUCCAAGUUACAGAAGGGCCAAUCCGCCUUAGUUCUUGGCGCAGGUCCAAUUGGAUUAGCCACCAUUUUAGCUUUGCAAGGUCAUGGUGCCUCCAAGAUUGUAGUCUCUGAACCAGCUGAAAUCAGAAGAAAUCAAGCUGCCAAGCUUGGUGUCGAAACCUUCGAUCCUUCUGAACAUAAAGAAGAUGCCGUUAAUAUUUUGAAGAAAUUGGCUCCAGGUGGUGAAGGUUUCGAUUUUGCCUACGAUUGUUCUGGUGUUAAACCAACUUUUGAUACAGGUGUCCAUGCUACUACCUUCAGAGGUAUGUAUGUUAAUAUUGCAAUCUGGGGCCACAAACCCAUCGAUUUCAAACCUAUGGACGUCACUCUGCAAGAGAAAUUCGUCACCGGUUCCAUGUGUUACACCAUUAAAGAUUUUGAAGAUGUGGUCCAAGCCUUAGGCAAUGGCAGCAUUGCUAUUGAUAAAGCUAGACAUUUGAUUACGGGUAGACAAAAAAUCGAAGAUGGGUUCACUAAAGGGUUCGACGAAUUAAUGAACCAUAAAGAGAAAAACAUCAAGAUAUUGUUGACUCCUAAUAAUCAUGGUGAGUUGGAUGCCACCAACUGA